AUGUCGGCUGACGCUCCCGCCGACCCGACUAAGACAGCAGCUGUUGAACGGAGGCUUCCCCUUCAACUCGAACAUCUUUCAAAGCUCAUCGGAGAACAGCCCGAGGCCCUGGCCACAGGGAGCGAAGAGUUCCGCCAGGCCGCCCUAGACGCAACAAAAUGGGUCUACGACCACGCUCUCUCCACCGAGCACCCCGCCUCACAUCAGCCAGGCUCCGCAGACGCGCGCGAGGGCCGCCGCCGCCGCUGCUGCGGCGCGACCCCACCCCCCUCCACUCCGGCAAGCGGCAGCAACGACCGCAAGCGGAAGCGCGACGAGCCGGACGGCCCCGCGCCCACGCCCGCACGCCCCGCGGCCCCGGUCAUGCAGGAGACCCCGCUCGCGGAGCUGUUCGUGCAGGAGAUGAGCGACGAGCAGAUCUGGGCGCAGCUGGAGCUGCGCGCGCGCGGCGUGUGCGAGAUGCUCGAGUACGCGCUCGACGGGCCGAUACGGGUCGACGCGGACGAGGACGAGGGGGGCGGCGUGGGGGGAGAGAGCGAGAGCGAGAGCGAGGAGGAUGAGCUGGACGAGGAGGCGAGCCGGCGGGAGCUCGAGGAGAUGAAGGCGGCGCUGCUCGCGGAGGGGUGGGACCCGGCCGACCUGGAGAACCUGGAGCUCGCGGGGUCGGAGGACGAGGAGAGCGACGAGGAAGAUGGAGACGAGGAGGAGAGCAGCGAGGAAAGCGAGGAGGGCGACGAUGCGGACCUUGGGGAGGGCGUGGAGGAGCUGCGGGACCCUUCCGACGACGACUCGGACGACGACGACCCGGGGCUGGAUCUGGACGAGCCGUCUUUCUUCUCUGGAGGCCAGCGGACGCUGAGGUUCAAGCGGAAGAAGGGCGGGCACCCCGAGCUGGACGACGGCUUUUUUGACCUCGCGGCAUUCAAUGCGGAGAUCGAGGCUGCGGAGUCCAAGCACGUUUCGCGCGGUAGACUCAGCCAGGACGACGAGGACGACGAUGACGAUAACGAGGAAGUUGACCUUUUCGCACCGGUUGACGGCUCAGCGGCAUUUGAUGAAGAGGAUCUUGAAGGCGGCGGAGAGUUGCUCUACAAAGACUUCUUCGACCCUCCCACAGCCGUUAAGGCCCCGAAACCCAAGAAGCCUUCUAAACCUGCUAGUGGGGCCGCUUCAACAGGGAAGGUUCGCUUUAACGACCAGGUCAGGGUGAAGAAGAUCAAGGCAAAGGGCAAGAAUCUCCCUGUUUCAGCCAUGUUUUAUGAAGAGGAAGAGGAGGACGAAGGCGAAGAUUCUUCAUAUGUUGACACGAUAGGUGAUGAUGACGACAACGACGACGACAAAGAGGACGAGGAUGAAGAUAUGUCGGCGGAGGAAGAUGAAGAUAGCGACGACGACGAGUUGGAAGAAGAGGAUGAGACGUCAAUAGAAGACGAGGACUAUGAUGACCUGGCGACGAUACGGCGUACAAAGGAUGAUCUCCUCGCUGACGAUGACGAGGAGGAGGACGACCAGAAAGGGAUGUCGACGCAUGAAAAGCGUAUGGCGACACUGCGCGAAGAGAUCGCGGCGUUGGAAGCUGAAAACAUUGGCAAGAAGGAUUGGACUCUCAUGGGCGAGGCGACAUCCAAGUCGCGACCACAAAAUUCGCUUCUUGAAGAAGACCUGGAAUUCGAACGGGUGAUGAAGUCCGUGCCAGUCAUCACCGAAGACGUUGUUCACAGCCUCGAAGAGCGGAUCAAGGCUCGCAUCCUCGAGGGACAGUUCGACGACGUUGUGCGGAAACGUCCAGUUGACGACAAGCCUUUCCUCCCGUCACGCUUCUUCGAGCUUCAAGACUCCAAGUCGAAGCAGUCGCUCGCGGAGAUCUACGAAGACGAAUACACCGCGGCACAGAGCGGUGGCGUUGCGGGGCAAGAUCGCGACGGCAAGCUCCAGAAGGAACACAAAGAGAUCGAGAAGCUUUGGGAGAAUAUCUGCCACAAGCUGGAUGCGCUGUGCAACGCUCACUUCACUCCUAAGGCUCCCAAGGGCACAAUCGAGAGCGUCUCCAAUGUCGCCGCCGCGAGUUUGGAAUCUGCACUCCCGACUAUGAUGGCUACUUCGAGCAUGCUCGCUCCAGAGGAGAUCUUCGCACCGUCAUCACGCGACUUGCGUGCGCGCAGUGAGCUCACGCCGACUGAGAAACGCGCCCUCCGGAACAAGACGAAGAAGGCAAAGAAAAAGACCCGCGACGCGAUCGAGAAGAGUGUACAGAAGUUCGGGCGGCCAAAAGGCGUCGGCGACGUCAAGCGGCAGAAGGAGGCUGCGCUCAAGACACUGGUCAAGAACGGGAAGGGUGUCACGGUGGUGGGCAAGAAAAGCAAGGAGGCGGAGGGCAAACGCGCACGAGGCAAGUCAUGA